GACACUGAAAUCUUUUGCUGAAUUAAACAUUUUUCACUCAACUAUAUGAGAACUAAUAUCCUGAAAUAUUCAUGCUCUUACAGGGGUCUGCUGAAGGCUUAGUUUUUGGAUCGAGCUGCUUCCAAUAGUGUGCCACCUGUUUUGGACAGAUGACCGAUGAGACAAUGAUUAACCUGGCUGGCAAUAAUGAUGUAUGUGUUUGUGUGUCACUGUCAGUGUGUGUGCACAUGACAGGAGGUGAAGGUCUGGAUGAGGGACAGAUAUCACACACUUCAGACGAGAAUAAGUGACAGAGAGACAAUGUGCAGGAGGACAAACUGUAACAGUGUUAAUUGUCCUACACUAUUGUUCCUUUAAGUGGAGAGUAUUUUUCAACAGGCAGCAUAUCGAACUCUGAGGAUUGUUUUCCUUCUUAAAAAGCCCAAAAGUGUUUUUUUUUGGCUCCCUUGGUCCUAUGCAGCCAGCAGAGUAAGUGCUCAUUAAAAGUACAGCAGCGGCACAACAGCUGCGACUAUGUCAGGGUCUGAGGAAGCAGUCAGAGUCUGAAACAGCAAGCAAGGAAAACAGACAUUUUUUUUUCUACUGGAGGAGCAGGAGCAGGUUCAACAGAAAUACCAGUGGUGAUUUCAAUCUGUACAGGCUGUGUCUUCAUCCUCUACCUCCUCAUCCUCUGCUCCAGCUGCAACUUCAGCUCCUGCAGCAAACCAACAUAAUCAAAUCCUCAACUACUCCAGCGUCUGGCUGUUCAAUAAUCUGCGGCAGUCUCAGUUGUUGCCAUGGCGUCAGCAGCUCUGGAGCUGAUGGGCUUCUUCAUGGGCCUGCUGGGGAUGCUGGGCACCAUGGUCGCCACAGUGCUACCAUACUGGCAGAUUUCUGCCCACAUCGGCUCCAACAUUGUCACGGCCGUGGCCAACAUGAGGGGGCUGUGGAUGGAGUGCGUCUACCAGAGCACAGGGGCCUUCCAGUGUGAGACCUACAACUCCAUGCUGGCCCUGCCCUCCGACCUGCAGGCCUCCCGUGCCCUCAUGGUCAUCUCUCUUGUGCUGUCUAUCCUCGCCAUUGCCAUGGCGGCCCUGGGGAUGCAGUGCACUCUCUGCUUGGAGGGCACAGGCACAGUUAAGAGUCGUGUUGCAGGCGCCAGUGGGGGGUUAUUCCUCACUGCGGGCUUCCUGUCACUCAUACCGGUGGCGUGGACCACCCAUGAGGUAGUCCAGACCUUCUACCGACCCAACAUACCAACCAGCAUGAAGUUUGAGCUGGGGGAGUGUCUGUAUGUUGGUCUGGCCUCUGCGCUCAUCUCCAUGCUGGGAGGCGGGAUGCUGUGCGUAUCAUGCUGCGAGGAGCAGGAUGGUGGCCGAGGGAGGCGGCAUGGCGGAGGGUAUCCGUAUCCAGUAGGAGGUGGCGUGCCGGGCACAGGGGUACGGGCAACCUCACAGCCCUACCACAACCCCACACUGCAGAUGGGGGGCAUCAACGCAGCCAGCAGGGGUCAGACACUGAUCCGCAGUACCAGUCACAGCUCACAGGGGAGUGCACCCGGAGUCCAGGGAGCAAAGAAACCCACUGCGGCAGGAUAUGACAUCACAGGAUACGUCUGAGGUCACUGUCACUCCAUUGUACCUUUAAAUAUGAUCUCUUGACAGUUUAUCUUCCAUUUUGUGUAUUUAUGUAGUGUAUUUAAUCAAAUGUUGUCACUAUAUGCUUGAGGACAACAGGACAAAUUAAAUACACAACAUACAAACAAGUCAACUGUUAGUAAUAGUGUGUCUGACGGCCUUUCUGCAAUCUGUGGUGGGUCCUUUUUAAGCUUUUAAAAAAAAAUUAUGACAUGUUAGAAUACAACAAUUUUACUGUCUUUUCUCUCAUAUGAUUGAUGUCACAUACUUUCAUUAGCUUGAUAGCAACUCUUCUGGAGAAAAGUCACAGAAAUGUGCAAGCCAAACACACACACACACACACACACACACACACACACACAAACACACACACAGAUCGAUAUUUUUAAAAAGAUUAAACAACCUUUUUUUCAUAAAGCAAUGCUGGCUCUGUCUGCGAUAACCAGGACGUUUGUGUAUAUGCAUGAUUGAAAAAUGCUUCAGUCUGUAUGUCGGCAACUCAUUUGAGGGUGUUCACUGAUGCAACAGUAAACACAGUUGAGAAUCCUCCUGCUGAUAUUAUUGCCAUUUUAAAAUGCUUGUUAAGAAAACAUCCGUGUCUAAUGGCUCGCUGCCACAUGGCGCCUAUUGACAAGUUCAAAAUGUUUCCGUUGGAGGGACAAAGUUCCACUAAAAUACAUCUCACGAAUACGAUUUCAAAGAUCCAUGUUACAUUGAUAAAAUGUGCUAAUUUGCCCGUUUAUUUGGACUGUCGAUGUUUGUUGAUCCUCAGCUGGGCUAUUUGCUGCAUCUGUGAAUAUUCACCCUUAUUUUCAAAGGCUGUAGAGUAUAGAGAAUAUUUCAGGGACAUUGAUCGUCAAACAUUUCAAGGACAUUGAUCGUUAGUAAAUACUGGACACUGGGAGUGAAACUAAAUCUAUUUGUUUUCCUGAUUACAAUCCAGAAACAAAUGUUCUAAAUGCUGUUUUCAUAUUAAUUAUUAUAUUGUGCCUUACCAUGUAGUGUGAAUUUUACAUGUAUUUGGGUAACAUUCAGUUUGAUAUUUGCAGGCUGAUGAAAAAGUUUGCUGAGUGUUGGCCUUAUUUAGUGGGGAAUGUGCCUCCAUUUGGCUUAUCUCGGAUGUGUAUUUAUACAUAUUGUCAGUUUUUUUUUUUUUUUUUUUUACCCGUCUGAGGUUCUAUGUACCUGUCAUAUGGAGUCAUGGUGCAAAAUCUGUUUCACUACAUUGGAUACAAUGCCAAAAAAAAGAAAAUCAUUCUUGUAAAGUGACAUUUACAUCUCUCAGUUGAUCUCCAUGAUCACUUCUUUAUCAGAGAGAGGACCAUGGCAGCGCCAGCUUUGUCCUCUUUGUUUCAUUCUCGCUCAGUAGAUUGUUCAUGAGGGCUGAUGUUUUCUGCUGAUUAUCAGGGAUGUAUUUACAGAACAUUAAACAACCUUUUGUCAACUGUUUCAAACAAAGCACCACAAAGACAUUUGUUUUAUUUGGAAAUAAAUGCUAUCUUUUCUUAU